AUGUGGAUAUGCAGUAGACCAGAUUUACUCGAUGCUGCACUUUUAAGACCUGGUAGGCUAGAUCGCCUUCUUUUCUGUGAUUUUCCAUCUCAAGGUGAAAGGUUGGAGAUUCUACGUGUUCUCUCUAGAAAGCUACCAUUGGCCAGUGAUGUUGAUUUAGAUGCCAUAGCUCAUAUGACUGAAGGUUUUAGCGGAGCUGACCUUCAAGCAUUGCUCUCAGAUGCACAGCUUGAAGCUGUUCAUGACCUUCUGGGUGGUGAAAGCAUGCAUGAACCAGGGAAAAAGCCAGUAAUUACUGAUGCUCUCUUAAAGUCUACUGCUUCCCGGGCAAGACCAUCUGUUUCGGAAGCAGAAAAGCAACGCCUCUUUGGAAUUUACAGCCAGUUUUUGGAUUCCAAGAGAUCUCUUGCUGCACAGUCGAGAAAUGCAAAAGGCAAGAGAGCAACAUUAGCGUAAAUGACAAUUUUGGUGAAAUCAGGUAUCUCAUAUUUUACUUUUUGUCAAAUGCUAUGAAAUUUCUCUCAAGCUGCACCUUUUCUUGUGUUUAAAAAAAUAUAUUAUAAUUAUUAUAUUUAGUCAAUUGAUUUAUUAGUUAUAUUUUAGACUGGGUAGGGCAUGUGCAAAACUCGAAAAUAUCUGAAAGGAAGUACAGAAAAGAGAACUUUAUACAGAUAUAGAGGCUUGCAUAAAUAUGUAUGCAUUAUGGUUUUGCAAUCUUUCAUGCAUGUGUAUAUAACUCGAGCCAUUUUGAAAGGGUAAUACUGCAGUUUUACCUACUAA